AUGUCUCAAACCAACUGGGAAGCUGAUAAAAUGUUAGAUGUGUAUAUCCAUGACUAUUUGGUAAAAAGGGACUUGAAGGCUUCUGCUCAGGCUUUUCAAACUGAAGGAAAAGUGUCAUCUGAUCCUGUAGCUAUUGAUGCACCUGGAGGCUUUCUCUUUGAAUGGUGGUCUGUGUUCUGGGAUAUAUUCAUUGCUAGGACCAAUGAGAAGCACUCAGAGGUUGCUGCAUCUUACAUUGAGGUUGGUUUUCAGGACUCUUCUGCUGCAUCUCAUUAUUUCCUUUAG